CUCAGAGCAGCUGCAGCUGUUUGGCUCCUCUGACUCACAUUCAAGGGCAGUAAAGGGCUUGUCAUAGAAGAAAACUCUUCAGAAAAACAACAGCACUUUCCUUUUGCAACAACUACUUGGAGCAGAAGAACAGGAAACUGGUAAGAUAUAAAACUUUGUGUUUAGGUAGCAUAGCUAGAUAAAUUGGGUAACUUGCUGUUAACUUACAUAAUUAUUCCUUAGUGGCUACUAAGUGGUACUUCCCGUGUAACUAAGCUAGAUGGAGAAGAAUACUAAUGAUAUGAAUAAUCUAAGUUUCCUUGGGACCUCUAAUUCAGUCUAUCUAUAUUAUAAGUAAAAAUAAGAAAAAUAAAAGCCUCCCAGGCAGUGUAAGGAUUAAGUGCAUGCCAGGCUCACCCUUCUCUGAGAUACUUGGUCUUACUGCACAGAAAGAAGUGCUCUGAAAUGUAGUUUUAAACCCUUAAAAUGCUGAAAAAGGCAGAGCUUCCUUCCAGUGAACCCCUUAACAAGAGGAAAUGGGGCAGUAACCUCUACUGAAACUAAUACAAUGGUAAAUAAAUAGCUUCUACCCUUUAAUUCAUUCUCCUUAAGUAUUGGGAAAAGAGGGGUUUUCCUCACUUUAAAUCUCUCCAAUGAUGAAAAAAAGUUUUUUUAAAAUUAAGGGGGAAUGCCCUUCCCCUGCAAUUGUAAAAAAUUUUUGCCUGGGGGAUCCCGCUCAUCCUUCCCCCUCAUCUCGCACCCAGAGCACCCUCUGCCCUGGUCCCUCCUCUCCUGGCAGGCUCUGUCAUAGGGUGCUAAUUAGGGGGAGCGUUAAUUAACUAGUUACAGCGAAAGGGGUCUGGUUCGGAGGUGGGCGGCGAAAAGAGCCGAGUGUUGCCGGAGAUGCCCGAAUGGCGGAGAGGGCGCGGUCAGCGAAAGGACCCGAGCGGGGACGGAAAAACCCGAGCGGCGGAGCUCGGCGGAAGGCGACGAACGGACGGGGACACCCAGACUGCGAGCCCUGAUUGGCCAAUCGCCUCGGGGGCCCGGCCCCCGCGCCGGCCUCAGACGCCGCCAUGGCGGCGGAGGUGGCGGACGGUUCGUGUGGGUUCUGCAGCGCCUCCGCGGCGUCCUACACAUGCCCGCGCUGUCACCGCCGCCUCUGCUCCCUGCGCUGCUACCGCGCCCACGGCCCCUGCGCCGAGGCCUUUUACCGCGACCAGGUUCUUGAGGCGCUGCGCGCCGAGCGCAAUUCUCCCCCCCGGGGUCCCGCGCCGCCCGGGCUGCGCGACCUACGCGAGCCCGGGGAUCCAGCGCGGCCUGUGGGCCGCGGGCUGUGGGAGCAGCUGAGCGAGGCGGAGCGCGACGGGUUCCGGCAGCUGCUGAGUUCCGGGGAGGCCGCGGCGCUGCUGCCGCAGUGGCGGCCGUGGUGGUGGCGCGGGCGGGGGCCAGUGGAGGAACUCGGCGGUGGCUCGGGGGUCGAGGAGGAGGAUGAGGAGGGUGGCGAAGGCCGGCCCGGCCCCGCGCCGCCCGUCCCGGCCUCGGUGCCGCCGCUGAGCGCCCUCCGUGCCGCGGCCCCGUCGCCCUUGGUGCGGUUCCAGCUGCCGAACGCGCUGUUCGGCUACGCCUUCGCGCUGAGCCUGCACGGCGGGGACGAGACGCUGCUGCCCGAGCUCCCCGCGGCCGCCAUCGCCGCCUCGGCCGCGCUCCGCGCCCGCCGCCCCUUCGGCAGCACGGCCGAGGCGCUGCUGAGCGCCCGGCGCGACGCCCGCGCCGCGGGGCUGCCCCUGAGCCCGCUCGGCGACAGCGGCGCGCUCCUGGCCGUGGCGCAGCUGCUGGAGGGUCGCGAUAGUCGCGACCCCGGCGCCGACGUGGCGGCAGCUUUGUGGCACCUGUGGCGGCUGCUGAAGGCGGGGGCGCGGGCGCUGCCGCCCCCUGAGCGGAGCCGCUUCCGAGCGGCGCGCAGGAAGGUCGGGUUCCUGCUGAGCUGGAGCCGCGGCGCCCCCGAGGAGCUCGCCCAGCUCGCCCGGGAGGCGCGGGCGGUUCACGCCGAGGUGGCCGCGGAGGAGGCGGCGGUGGCCGAAAUCAGGGAGGGGCUGGAGAAGGUCUGGGGAGGGCCUCGGCCGUCCCCCAGGGAGGGGCAGGAGGAUCGGGUACCCUGGCUGGUCAGGGACGGGGUUGAGGAGGGUUUCGGGGGUCCCCGGCCGCCCCCGGCUGACAGGGGGGUGCAGGGUCGGCGGCUGAUCGAGGAGCUGGACUGAGAUGGGCAGACGGCAAGGAAACGGCCCGAGAGAGAAUCCGCUGGUCAAGGGACAGGACUGAUGAACGUCCAGAGAACCGGGACUUGGAAAACUGCUCCUUAAGGGACAGGACUGAUUCACAUCCGGGAAAUCUGCUCAUUAAGGGACAGGACUGAUUACUGUCCGGGAAAGUUGCUCCUUAAGGAACAGGAUUAAUGAACUUCCAGAAAAGCUGCUCAUUAAGGGACAGGACUGAUGGACGUCCCCACUCUCGGCGGGUGUGGGGGGUCCCAGGGGGCCCCUCAGUUGAUGGGAGAGGUCCCGGCAGUGCCAGUAAACGGUGGGGAGUGGGAGUGUGGGGUGGUGGUGCUCGCUGGGGUCUCAGGAUGGGAGGGAAGACACGAGAACGUUGACUCCAUGUUUCAGAAGGGUCGGUAUGUUAUUUUAUGAUAUAUAUUACAUUAAAACUUUACUAAAAGAAUAGAAGAAA